AUGUUCGUUUACACACUCGGUCUCGUCGCGGUAGUGCUUUUCCUCGGCCUCAAAUACAUCUACUCGUAUUGGGAUCGAAAUGGACUGCCAAACCUCAAACCUGAGAUACCGUUCGGGAACCUUCGCACCCUGGCAGAGAAGAAGGAAUCGUUUGGUAUCGCCAUCAACAACCUGUACCUUCGGUCCACCGAAAGGUUGGUCGGUGUAUAUUUGUUCUUCCGUCCGGCCAUCCUCAUCCGGGAUCCACAUCUUGCCAAGCGGAUAAUGCUCAACGAUUUCCAGUACUUCCACGAUCGAGGCGUCUACUGUAACGAAGAGCGUGACCCACUGUCGUCCAAUCUGUUCGCCCUACCCGGCCAGCGCUGGAAGAACCUGCGUGCACGUCUCACGCCGACCUUCACGUCGGGGCAAUUGCGCAACAUGAUGCCGACGUUUCUGGACGUGGGCAAGAAGCUGAUGAACCAGAUGGAGAAGCUUGUGGAGCGAGAAACGGUGCUCGAAAUGCGUGAUGUGACGUCACGGUUUGUGCUGGAAAUAGUGGCUUCCGUGUUUUUUGGUUUCGAAGCGAACUGCAUUGAAAACUCGGACGACCCCUUCCGAACUACGCUACGUCGUGUCAACGGGCAGGUUAGCUUCGUAAAUAACAUUCGCUCAGCUGGUGUAUUUAUCUGUCCGGCCUUGUUGAAGAUCACCGGAUUGAGCUCACUGCCUCCGGAACUGAUCAAAUUCGUGAUGGAGCUGAUCACGUACCAGAUCCACCAUCGAGAAAACAACAAGAUCACCCGGAAGGACUUCAUCCAGCUGUUGAUUGAUCUGCGUCAGGAAGCACAGAACAAUGGAGAAAAGAUGACAAUCGAGCAGUGUGCGGCCAAUGUGUUCCUCUUCUACGUUGCCGGAGCCGAAACGUCUACCGCCACCAUUUCAUUUACGCUCCACGAACUCUCACACAAUCCGGAAGUGAUGGCGAAACUGCAACUGGAAAUCGAUGAGAUGCUCGAACGCAACGGUGGUGAAAUUACGUACGAAAACAUAAAAGGCAUGAAGUAUCUCGAUCAUUGCGUCAAGGAAACGCUUCGGAAAUACCCCGGUUUGCCGAUUCUUAAUCGCGAGUGCACUCAAGACUAUCGAGUUCCAGACAGUGACGUCGUCAUUCGAAAAGGCAUGCAGGUGAUCAUUCCAUUGCUCGGAAUCAGCAUGAACGAGAAAUACUUCCCGGAUCCAGAGCUUUACUCUCCGGAACGCUUCGAUGAGGAAACGAUGAACCACGAUCCAGACGCAUACUAUCCUUUCGGUGCUGGGCCACGUAAUUGCAUCGGUCUCCGACAAGGCGUUCUGGUGGCGAAGAUUGGUAUCAUACUACUGCUUUCCAAGUACAACUUCCGUCCCAGCAUACCAUCGAAGAUCAAAUUCGCAGCAGCUACAGUUCCUCUCGCUCCGGAAGACGGUUUACCGAUGAAGGUAGAGCGCCGAAUCUGAACGUAUUGGUGAAGCUCGUGUGAUAUGUCUUGCCUUUAACCGUAAAUUUGUAAGAUAUUACUUAUGCAUUUGUAGCUGUUAUCGACUGUUGUACUGAUAUAGUUAUAAUUAUUGAAUGAUAAAAGUAAUAAAAAAUGAUCUAUC